CAAAAUCCUACACAUGGACUUUCCUUUAUUAAGCGGGCAUCUUUCCAUCUCAAAAUACUGACUGACGAGGCCGGGAUCAGAGAUAUCACUUUCCCUUUAGAAAUCAACCUGCAUCAUAACCCACAAAUUAUCAGUCGUGAGCAACGUCCAGGCAGCCAUUCCACAUCCGUGGUGAUAUCAGGCUAUCAAUUGCCUACAAACCAUGUCUACGUCGGCUCAAACUGGUAACGGCAGCGAGAGUGGUUUUCUCGACUUUGCAAACAUCAAGAAGUGGAUUGCCCUCCAGGAAGCUCAACAGAGAGAGACCGGUCGGUCGGCGUCCCUGACGCCCGCGCAGCUAAAGGCCGUUAGAGAACUCAACCAGGCAGCACUGGUGGCUCUUGCGCUGCCGGAGCCCAAAUCCGAUAGGAAUUGGAUUGGCCUUCUUCACAUGUACCGGGAUGCCCACCCUAGCGGCAAGGCCAUAGAGUUUGUGGAUGAGGACCGAGGUAUGGAUCCUCGCGGUGGUGGAAGUCUCUGGUGCAGCUUCGUCACUCUCUCCGAGGCCGAGGGGAUGCGAUUUCCGGGUCCACAUGAUGCCGUGAACUCGGACGGUACCCUUCCUUGCUUUGCGAAAAAGAAAGAUGCGAGACAAUUUGCGGCCCGUCGCGCUGUCGAGUGGCUGAUGCAACAGCAGCUCAUGCCAUCAGACGGGGAAAGCGUGGUGUUCAAAAAGACCAGGAUGCAGAGCCCUACCAUCUUCAGAGACGCACCACACAAGGCUGUUGAGCACGUGGCGUCUGCUAAGAUGGCCUCACCACCUCCCUCGGUACAGCCUAAAACUGGUCAACCUGCCACUGAUCCCGGUGCUGCGACGGAACGCACCAAGGAUGAAGCUGCUGAGGACCUUAGCUACGUCACCCGCGUCGAACAGCUUUGCACCCAGCUAGGCUAUGGGAAGCCAACAUACAUCCUCAAACAAGCCGAGAACACCCAAAUAUUCAGUGGCUGGGCGGACUGGCGGGAUGAGAUGCGAGUCCCUGCUUCCGUCGGGGUGGUCAAGGAUGUUUGGGUAAAGAAGCAUGCCAAAGAGAAGAUAGCGGAGCAGAUCCUCAGUCACCUUGAACAAGUCCAGGCCAAGAGAAUGGAGAAAGUCCGGGCUAUAAUGGAAAAGUGCCAGAAGAUGUGCUCUGCCGAAUGAAUGAGCUAUUUUAUGGAUGCAAUACUAAUGAGAAACGCUGAAUUAAUGACCAAGGUUUAUGUCCAGUCGCUGAGCUGUCGAAUGAUGAUGUCACUUGUACAAUACAGAGCAGUGGCGAUUACAAAACCCUCCAUAUCGCGCCGGCACGGGGAGUGUUGUCCUGAGCAUCGUCUUUCGCAAUCUUUUCAAUCCAGUCGCUCUCUUGCUUGAGAGCUUCCCGCUCGAUCUGCUCCAUUAGCUUGAUCUCCUCUAGCAUGUCGUAGGAGAGGGAACGACAAGCGGCAAGAAUCAUGGUAAGGCUUGACUCCUCCGCGUCAACUUCGGUACUGUGUUUCUCUGAUGGUUUGUGAGCACCGUAAUCCACUCCACCCUCCAAAUACCUCAAGUCCAUACGCCAGUUGUCCAGCUUCCUGGCUACGGAUGCACACUCGUCAUGCCACGCAGCAUCUAGCUCUGAAAUGAAGACGAACUCGUCGUCAACGUCGAAAACCCCACCCUCUCGCCUGUCGUUUACGUAUCGUAAACGUUCAAGCCACUUUUCAAACUGUCGUACGACUCGCGCGUGCCGACCACCAGGUUCGCUGAGUUCCCAAAGACCGGACAAGACUGCAUCCAGUGCUUGCACCUUCUCCUCGAGCUGACGUGAGUCGUGGGCUCCGCCGCCUCGAACCCAGGCGUCCAGCGCCUGUGCAUUGACAUCUUCGGUCCUCUUUGCCUUGGCCUUUGCGACAGCCGCAUUGGCCUUGGCAACAGAGUCGAAUCGUUUCCCCAACCUACUCCGAGCACUCGCGUGCCAUCGACUGGCAGUGGGCCCUGCUUCCCGGUGGAGGAGGCAAAGCUGGAGCAGUUCGGUCUGUCGACGACUCGUCUCGGCCGUAAUGGCAACGUUUGCGGGGAGCUUCGAGGGCGACGGCGGAGCGAGGAAGGUCGAUGUCAGGGGUUUAGGGGCUGCCAUCUUGAGCGGGGAAAAGUGCUGUUGCAUUGUGUUGAAAGCAGGCUUGUUUGCCCGGGCUGCUUGGGGAUGCUCGGCUUGUGGCGGUUGCUGCGGCUUCGGCUGGUCCAAUAUCCUGGUUCUCACGGGGUUCGAGGGAGCCCUUCGAUGGAGCGCUUUCGCCUGCGCCAUGACAGGAGGUGGGCGCGAUGCCAUGCUCGAUGUUGCCGACAUGCCUGUAUGUGAUGAAGAUUGUGCAGGACGGAGUAGGGUUGCUUCUGUAAGUGUCGUCGCCGAGGAUUUGGCGCGUGAGUGGUUUGAAUUGACCGACCUCUCGGCACCGGCUGGGCCGCCAGAAGUCUUGGGCCGAGGAGCAACAGCAGCUGAAGAUGCGGCCGGUCGGCGCAGCCCAGCCCCUGUGCCCGUUACCGCCGAUCCCGUCGCGUCCCUUCCAGGCGCAACAUUCUCAUUUUGUUGCGCAGGGCGCAGGGUCUUGGAGCCAAGCUUGCUCAAGAGUCCUCCCGUUCGAGUCUUGGGGGCGGUGGUUCGUGGGGCGGUUGUCGAUGCCGACGACGCGGUUGUCCUUGUGGAUACCGACGCCGAUCUGGCGAUUCCGGAGAGUGGCUUCACUGGUAGACGACUAGGCGAUCCAGUACGCGGUUCGUCGACAGAGGGCAGCCUGGAGACUUCGGAGUCGUUGGAUUCGGCAUUGGCAGGUCGUUUUAUGGAUCUUGUCCUGGAGAGAGGCGGGUAGGCGGACAUGAUGGGAGAAGUAGGUGGUCGCAGGCCGAGCGGGGCGGUGAAAUUCAGUAGCUCGUUCAAAUUCGAAAGUGAAUCAAGAUCAACCAAUACUCGGUCUGGGUUGCAAUUGAUUUAGUGUUUACUUCUUUACUACCUGCCGUACAAGGGUCUUUACCGCGAACGUCGCCCCUUGCAUUGAUGACGGGUUGCUAGGGGCAGGGAUACCCCGCUGCAUGGCUUGCUGGGCGGUGGAUAAUGUGUGGGGUUCAAUUACUCUUGUUUCUGCUCUGUACUGAUUAAUACAGUCCUCGUUUUUUACCUUGACACACAUGGUGACACCAUCGAGAGAAUAUUUCAUGUAUGCGAUAGGCGACUUUGAGGUCGUAUCGCGCAAGAUAAUCU